AUGGAUAGCUCAAGUGGACAAGCAGGCAGUGAGAACUGUCCUCCAAAUGGAGACUCAAGAGUUCGUGGCAGGUUCUCCUUCUCUUCUUGGCGGUCUUCCUCUCUGUCCUCAGCACACAGAGCUGGGGCUGGAGGUGGAGGGGAUCUGAGUCGGAGGCUACUAAAUCUAGUCCGUAAUUACCACGAGAGAACUGCUUCUAUAUCUGACUUGAACACCAAACCCCCUGAGGAGACAGUGGGGGGUGACGGCCUGACCACAACCGUUCUGUCUGCAGGGACUUCAUUAACUCUUAAUAUGGAGGAGAACGAGUCCAGUGACCAGGCCACUUACCUCCACAAGCAGCUGAGCGCCAUGUUACAACCCAGAGUCAACAAGCAUUCCCUGCGCAUGUUUGGCAGCACCCAAGGAGUCGCAGCCGAGCAGGAGAGAGUCCGUUCUUUUGGAGUCUGGAUUAUACAUCCAUACAGUGACUUUAGGUUCUACUGGGACUUGGUAAUGCUCUUUCUGAUGAUGAGCAAUCUGGUCAUCCUGCCAUGGUGCAUCACAUUCUUUGAGGAUCAGAACACACUGCCAUGGAUCAUGUUCAACAUGGUCUCAGAUACUCUGUUUCUGACUGACCUAAUCCUAAACUUCCGCACAGGAAUCUCAGAGGACGAUAACUCCCAUAUCAUCCUAGACCCAAAGGUGAUCCGACAUCGAUACUUGCAGGGCUGGUUCCUUGUGGAUUUCAUCUCCUCCAUCCCGGUGGAUUAUAUUUUCCUUGCUGUGGACCUGGAGGCUCGGCUUGAGUCAGCAGAAGUGUAUCGCACUGCGAGAGCAUUAAGAAUUGUCCGUUUCACUAAGAUCCUCAGUCUGCUUAGAUUACUUCGUCUAUCCAGACUUAUCCGCUACAUUCACCAGUGGGAAGAGAUCUUUCACAUGACAUAUGACUUGGCAAGUGCCGUGGUUCGAAUAGUUAACUUGAUUGGGAUGAUGCUUCUACUAUGUCACUGGGAUGGCUGUCUUCAGUUCAUGGUGCCCAUGCUUCAAGAUUUCCCCCAGGACUGCUGGGUCACUAAAACCAACAUGGUGAAUGCCACUUGGCAGGAGCAGUACUCAUAUGCUCUCUUCAUGGCCAUGAGCCAUAUGCUGUGUAUUGGAUAUGGUGCCCAAGCUCCUGAGAGAAUGACUGAUGUCUGGCUCACCAUGAUGAGUAUGAUUGUUGGUGCUACUUGUUACGCCAUGUUCCUGGGCCACGCAACCAACCUUGUGCAGUCACUGGAUGCCUCCCAUCGCCAGUACAAGGAAAAGUAUAAGCAAGUGGAGCAAUACAUGUCCUUCCAUAAGUUUCCUGCUGAAUUGCGACAAAGAAUUCAUGACUAUUAUGAGCACCGUUUCCAGGGAAAGAUGUUUGAUGAGGACAACAUUCUGGGAGAACUGAGUGAUCCCCUUAAAGAGGAUAUAGUGAGCUACAAUUGCCGUGAACUGGUAGCAAACAUGCCAUUGUUUGGGAAUGGUGAUCCACACUUUGUCACUGUGCUCCUGACUAAGUUGCGGUGUGAGGUCUUCUUGCCAGGUGAUGUCAUUAUUCGUGAGGGUACAAUGGGCCGUAAAAUGUACUUCAUCCAGCACGGCUGUGUCACUGUCGUCACUCGAAACAAGAAGGAAAAGAAGCUCAUUGAUGGCUGCUACUUUGGGGAGAUUUGUUUGCUGACCAGUGGGCGACGCACUGCCAGCGUGCAGGCCGAUACAUACUGCAGACUCUAUUCUCUCAGUGUGGACAGCUUUAACGAGGUGUUGGAAGAGCACCCCAUCAUGAGGAGGGCCUUUGAGAAUGCCGCCAUAGACCAUCUUGACCACAUAGAGAAUAACACUGCAUAUAAUGCCACGCCUUCAGGAACGACCACAGAGGAACUGACGACAGAGGAAAAAGACAGUGACAUAAUGGCUUGUUAA